AUGAGUGUGAGUGAGAUUCAGCAGGCUAAGAAGACCGUUGAGUUCAGCAGGGAGUCCCUAGAGGCUGUCCUCAGGGGCAGAUUUUUCUACGCCCCGGCGUUUGAGUCGUACGGUGGUGUUUCCGGUUUGUACGAUUACGGUCCACCAGGUUGUGCUUUCCAAGCUAACGUUGUUGACCUGUGGAGGAAGCAUUUCGUGCUCGAGGAAGGUAUGCUCGAGGUGGACUGUACCAUGCUGACCCCUUACGAGGUGUUGAAGACUUCUGGACACGUUGACAAGUUUUCCGAUUGGAUGUGUAAGGACACCAAGACGGGUGAGAUCUUCAGAGCGGACCACAUCGUCGAGGAAGUUUUAGAGGCGCGUCUGAAAGGUGACAGAGAGGCCAGAGGGCUCGGUGCGAAGCCUGUAGAGGAGGAGAGUGCCGACAAGAAGAAGAGGAAGAAGAAAGUCAAGGAGAUCAAAGUUGUGAAACUGGAGGACGAUGUCGUCAAGGAAUACGAAACCACACUGGCUAAAAUUGAUGGGUUCUCCGGCCCAGAACUUGGUGAGCUUAUGGUCAAGUACAACAUCGGUAACCCAGUUACCGGUGAUAAGUUGGAACCCCCAAUUGCCUUCAAUCUGAUGUUCGAAACGGCCAUCGGACCAUCGGGCCAACUAAAGGGCUACUUGAGACCAGAGACUGCACAGGGUCAGUUUCUAAACUUCAACAAGUUGCUCGAGUUUAACAACGGGAAGACGCCAUUCGCGUCUGCUUCGAUUGGUAAAUCGUUCAGAAACGAAAUCUCGCCCAGAGCCGGUUUACUGAGAGUCCGUGAGUUCUUGAUGGCAGAGAUCGAACACUUUGUCGACCCGCUGGACAAAUCGCACCCAAAGUUUGACGAAGUGAAGGACAUCAAGUUGCGCUUCUUGCCCCGUGACGUCCAAGAGGCUGGUGCCACGGAACCCGUGGUCAAGACCAUCGGUGAAGCGGUUGCCUCCAACAUGGUCGACAACGAGACGCUCGGCUACUUCAUCGGCAGGAUCUACAUGUUCUUGAUGAAGAUUGGUGUCGACCACGACAGACUCAGGUUCCGUCAGCACAUGGCCAACGAAAUGGCUCAUUACGCGGCAGACUGUUGGGAUGCAGAGCUACACACCUCCUACGGGUGGAUCGAGUGUGUUGGGUGUGCUGACAGAUCAGCAUUCGAUUUGACUGUCCACUCCAACAAGACUAAGGAGAAGAUGGUCGUUAGACAGAAGUUGGAGACGCCGAUCGAGGUUACCAAGUACGAGAUCGACCUUGUCAAGAAGCUGUUCGGUCCCAAAUUCAGAAAGGACGCUCCAAAAGUGGAGAGCUACCUAUUGAACAUGACGCAGGAUCAACUGGCUGUGAAGGCAAAAGAGCUAGCAGACACGGGCAAGAUCACCUUCUCCGUUCCAGAGGUCGAAGGGGAACUCGAGUUGGACGACAAGUUCGUCACCAUCGAGGAGAGAACCAGAGUUGAGCAUGUCAGAGAGUUUGUUCCAAACGUCAUCGAACCUUCUUUCGGUAUCGGCCGUAUCAUUUACGCCGUCUUCGAACACUCUUUCUGGAGCAGACCUGAGGAUGCCGCCAGGGGCGUCUUGUCCUUCCCACCUUUGGUCGCACCAAGCAAAGUCCUGCUGGUCCCAUUGUCCAACAACAAGGAACUGCAGCCCAUUGUCAGCAAAGUCUCGACCACGCUCCGCAAGGCAGAGAUCCCAUUCAAGGUGGACGACUCCGGUGUCUCCAUCGGUAAGAGAUACGCACGUAACGACGAGUUGGGUACGCCCUUCGGUGUCACCAUCGACUUCGACUCCGUCCAGGACGGGUCUGUCACGCUCAGAGAAAGAGACUCGACCAAGCAGGUUAGAGGCUCUAUCGAAGAAAUCAUUGAGGCCAUUCGCCAAAUUGCUUACAAGGGCGUCACUUGGGAUGAAGGUACUAAGAACUUGAAGCCAUUCGUCUCCCAGGAGGCCAAAUAA